AUGCCGCCCACGAGAACCCCGCGCCACCCCAUUAGUAUUGAUAAUGACGAGUCCAUUGACUUCUCAGCCGUGGCAAAGUCCACAACAUCCACACGGCCAGCAGCUCCACUCACAUUACUGCAGAGUGAGACUGGACUGCAGCAACAACAACAACAGGCACCACCCGCCCAACAGGCACAAGAUCCACGAUUAAAGGCAUAUACACAUCGUGCAUUGCCACGCCGGCGUUUGGGAUUUGGUGGGGCCGCAAUAACUACAAUGACUCCAGCAGUAGGAACAGGAACAGGAGCGUCUAGUGAGAAUAUGAAACUCUCAUCUACUGCUAGUGUAACGAACGCUUCUAUUAAGAAUACUAACAACAACAUUAGUAAUAGUACUAAUACUGCUACUAAUAAUGAUAAUAAUAAUAAUGAUAAUAAUAGUGGUAAUACUAGUAAGGCUUUAAUAGAUGCUCUCUGGCGUGAAGAGGCGGUACGAAAAGAAACAGAAUCGUACCAGAGUAGACGUGAGACAUAUGAACAUCAAUUGCAGGCUCUCUUGCACAGUGGUGCAACGACGACUCUCAGAGAUGAUGCCGACAAGAAGGAAGUAGUGCCGCCGAUUACAUAUUCUUUAUUAGAUCAAUUCUUUGCCUCUGGUGUUCCGGAUGUGGAGCCGUGGGAUCUUUGGGCAUUAUCCAUACCACGAUACGGUGUGGCUAACAUUGCGGGCAGUGGGAUGGAUCGUGUCUAUCACCCGGUGUUGCCUGAGACACACUACUCCCAACACUAUAUGCAUAAAGAUGAGGAAAAGCCAAUAGUGAUAAAAGUAAUGAAGACACGAGAGGAGUUGCGUGCUGAACGACGAGAACGUCUGCGUAAAGCGAAGGAAGAGCGUGAUCGAGCUAAAAGACUUGCUCAUCAAAAACAACAACAACAACAAGGACAGGAAGAAGUAACGAAUGGUGAUACACUUACCUCGAAGAGUGUCACUGUGAAGGAUCGUCUCUCCAACAGUAAUCUCCGAUAUAAUCUUUUUAGCGAGAGUGUACUUAAUCCUUUGAGUACUGAAAAUAAAGUCUUUUCACAAUAUCAAGAACGAUUUCUUGAACAUCAACGACGAAAUCAUGAACGACAUGUUGCAGCUAUUCCUCAUCAAAUUGAAAAACGCAAACGUAAUUUACAUCGUCAUGCAGAAGAGAAUCCUGUAUUUCGUGCGUACCGUAUUUUCCCUAUUUAUACUCCUGCACAUUUAGGCAAACUACGAAACUUUGCCAAUGAUGGUUUACUGCGUGGUUUCAUUCUUUGGGUGUGUAAUUGUGAUGCGUUGGUGGUGUUAACAGGCGGUGAGGUUGCGGUCCGCCACGUGGAGCGGUGGAUAUUAGAAAAGAUGCAGUGGGAGUCGCCGGAGACGGUUGCCGUGCGUCUCAUGACAUCUCCACUGCAGGACGCUGCAACUUUUUCAUUUGUUUCCGCAAAGAGUCGUAAACGGGCACUACAACAGAAAAACAACACCGUACCUGCUGGUAAUAGUAAUAGUGGUAGUGGUGAGCAAGAGACAGGUGAGCAUGUAUACAUGAAUUUUGUGGAUAAUGUGCGGGAUGCGGAGCGGUUUAUGCAAUCUAUGCCAACAGAGGGACCUUGGAGAGAUCUCACACAUGUAUGGCGUGCUUCUCUUACCUCCGGUAUGGGAGUGGGUGGGUAG